AAACAUUAAUUAAAAUGAGUAUUUUACUGCUUUAUUUCUAAACAAUCAUAAUAUUACGCAUGCUUAAAGUACUCAUAAUUUUCAAAAAAUAACAAUUUCCAAGAGUGAAAUAUGAAAAAGUAAAUAGUUUUAUUUUGAAAAUAUUUUUUGGGCCAUUAUAUAACAUAUGGGUAAAGGCAUCACAAUUUUGUUUAUUUUCUACUUUUCAUUCCUUUUUUUUUUUUUGGGUUAAAGUUUUCAUUCAUAUAAAUAUUGCUGUAAUAAUAGUCUUCUUAUCCAUAAAACAAACUCAAAACUGGAGACAUGGCUCUCCUUAUCUUCACCACUACAACUCCCUCAGUUCUUCUCUCCUCUUCCUCUGCUUCACUAGCUUCUGGAUUCCCUACUUCCCAAUCUUCCAGGUUCUGCAACAAUCACAUUACCCUGACAGCAAAGUCCUAUGGCAGUGGUAAUAUUCAAGCACCUUUUGUCUUCAAAAGGAGAGGUGCAUUGAUUGCUAAGGCGGCUGCUGAUGUUGAUGGUGUCGGUUCUGAUAGUCCUGAGCCUUCACCGGAAAAGAAUGAGGGAAGUGUGCCUGUUGAGAAUCUCCCCCUGGAGUCUAAGCUUCAACAAAAGCUUGAACAGAAGAUGAAAAUGAAGUUGGCGAAGAAGAUUAGACUACGGAGGAAGAGACUCGUUAGGAAGCGCCACUUAAGGAAGAAAGGACGGUGGCCACCUUCAAAGAUGAAGAAGAACAAGAAUGUCUAGGCUUAACCUGGAAUGUCUUGCAAGUUUACGUGCUUUCUGGUAUUCCUUCUAAUAUCGAAAUACUGUAACCUUUAAGAUCAUUAUCUUCAAUCUGUACCUGAUAUUUUUUUGAAAUUAAUUAGAUUCUUUCCCAA